GUUCAGUAGGACAUCGUGAGGUUCGAUCAAUACAUAAUAUUUAAAUAAAGAUGAAUGCACGUAAUUUACUGUAGUCGUGUUCGAUCAUUUUACGCGAUGUAUUAUGCGUACAGUUUUUUUAUUUUAAGCACGUGUUUCUUGAAUAUUAAAAGUACCGAUGCAGCCGAAAAAUACAAAUACGCGGGAUGUUUCGCAAAUGAUAAUAAAACCAAAUUAUUAAACGAAUAUAAACAAAGUAACAUAAAUCCUUUCACUGCGAGAAACUGUGUGGAUAUUUGCGCUUUGAAAAAUCUUGCUUAUGCAGCAUUAGACAAGUAUCAGUGUCGUUGCGGCAGUUUUCAUCCUUCGAAAAUAGCCCAAAGAAGCGACGUUGAGUGUUAUUAUCAGACCAUAAGAGAUGAAAAAUACAACCCAUCAGGAGAAUCCAGAGUAACAAUUUACGAAACCGGAAUUAUUCCAAAAGGUGAAAAUGCCAUUCCUGCCAAAACGUAUAUGGGAUGUUACAUCGACGAUAAGCCUGACUUUCGGGUUCUCAAAGGAUCUUGGCAAGAAUUCGCUGAUAAUUCGCCAGAUAAAUGCCACAAGCAUUGUUAUAAACAAGGAUUUAGAUAUUUCGGAUUAACUUACAUCAAAGAAUGUAUGUGCGGAGAUACUAUACCCUCUAAAGAUAUCAAGGUUCCUGAGCAAGAAUGCAAUACUCGAUGUUCCGGUGAUGACCAAGAAAUUUGUGGAGGUGGUUGGAGAUUGAGUAUCUACGGAACCGGGAUUACUGAUAUUCCUGAAAAUGGCAGAUUCGUCGGAUGCUUCAAAAACACCAAUAGCACAAAAGGCAGUGAAAUCAAAGGGGAAAUUUCUUUUGAACUGGGCAAAUCCAACAGUAACAGACGCUGCCUGAACUUAUGCGACCAAAAAGGAUUCAAAUAUUCCGGAACUCAAAAAGAUUACUGCACGUGUCUGAAAGAAAUUCCACCAUCGCCGCUGAAACUGGACGAUUUUGCCUGCGAUGUCGACAACUGCCCCGGAGAAAUAAAUGAGAAAUGUGGAAGUAAAGACAAAAUGAAAAUAUUCAAAACAAGAAAUGCUGAAAAUUACGAAAUUCUCGAGAGUAAAUAUCUAGGCUGCUACAAGGAUCAGGCAAACUAUCGUACGUUAGAAGAAGACAAAGAAAUACUCGAACAAAAUUUAACGCCUAAAUUCUGUAACGAGAUUUGCAAAUAUAGAGGCUACGCUUUCUCAGGAAUGGAAGCUGGAAACGAAUGUUACUGCAGUCAUAAGUUCCCAUCGAUAUACGCGAAAACCAAGGAAAGCGAAUGUAACACACCUUGCAGUGGAAAUAGUUCGGAAUUUUGCGGAGGAAAGCUCAAAUUAAGCGUUUACGAUACCGGUCUCCCACAUCCUCAAGCCGAUGUUCAAAGCUGGUACGAAGGGUGUUUCAAAGAUGAAGAUAAAGAUAACAGAAUAUUCAAAGGAUCUUGGCAAGAAUUAGCCAACAACUCUCCAAACGUAUGCCAUAAAUUAUGUUUACAAUCAGGAUUCAUGUACUUUGGAUUGACUUACAUAAAGGAAUGUUUCUGCGGAGAUGAAGUACCUAGUCAUAAUUUAACAGUGGCGGAAACCGAAUGUAACUCGACAUGCGCUGGAGAUUCGACAAAAAUAUGCGGAGGUGGAUGGAAGAUCAGCGUAUACAGAACCGGAUUAACAGAAGUACCAGUGGAUAAAAAUUACAGAGGUUGUUAUCAAAACGAAGGAAACUUGCUGACAGAGUUGAAAUUACAACUUCCUUCAUCACUGAAUCCUAAAAGAUGUCAACGUGUUUGUAAUAUUUACGGAUUCGCUUACGCCGGAUUAGAAAGAGGAGUCGAAUGUCGAUGUGGGCAUAAUUUACCGAGCAGGUUACCCGUUCAAGAUGAUUCUAAAUGCGCCAUGAAAUGUCCAGGAGACGAGACGAAGACCUGUGGCGAGAAAAAUUACAUAAUGAUUUAUCGCACAGCAGUUCCAAAAAUCGAAGCUGUAGAAAAAUAUAAAUACGCAGGAUGUUACGAAACGACCGAAAAAUCAAAAAUAUUGUAUCAAUUUGUGAAAAAAGAUCCUAAAUUGACACCGAACACUUGCGUAGAUUUAUGUUCAUCGAGACAAUUAGCCUACGCUGGAUUAGAAAAGGAUGAGUGUCGUUGCGGUCAAAAUCAGCCACCUGAGCUAGUCAGAAGGAUUGAUGUGGAUUGCGAUCAUCCUUGUCCUGGCGAUAGCAACUCUAAAUGCGGAGGAGAGUCUAAAAUAUCGAUUUAUGAAACUGGCAUAAGUGCAAAAGGUGACGAUGCCAUCCCAGCCAGAAUAUAUUUAGGUUGUUACAAAGACGACAACACCGAAUUCCGAAUCUUAAAAGGCUCGACUCAAGAAUUUCCCGACCUCACGCCAAACAAAUGCCAUCAACAUUGCUACAAACAAGGAUACAGAUACUUCGGAUUAACUUAUAUCAAAGAAUGUUUCUGCGCUGAUCACGCUCCAACAAAAGAAGUCGAACUUUCAGAAAGUGAAUGUGAUUCUCGUUGCAAUGGAGAUCAAAACGAAAUUUGUGGCGGUGGAUGGAGACAGAGCGUAUAUGCAACUGGAAUUACCAAUAUUCCCGAAUAUGGAAGAUCCGUCGGUUGUUUCAAAAACGCUAAUAUCAAGGAAAUUAAACCAGAAGUGACUUUGGAACUAGGUAAAUCAAAUACGAACAGAAAAUGUCUGAAUAUUUGCGACCAAAAAGGAUACAAAUACGCGGGAGUUCAACGAGGAUCGCUGUGUUUGUGCACGAAUGAAGUUCUGCCGCCGACUUUCAAAGAAGAUGAUUACGGCUGCGAAGUAACUAAUUGCGCUGGCGAUCCUACUGAAAAAUGUGGCGCUAAAGAUAAAAUCAAAGUUUUCAGAACUCGACACGCAGAUAAUGGACAAACCAAAGAAGAUCGUAAAUUGGGUUGUUUCCAAGAUCGAGACGAUUUCCGAGUUAUGGAUGAUAGUAAAGUAGUUUAUGAACAGAGUUUGACACCACAAUUGUGUAGAGAUACUUGUAAAUUGAGAGGUUAUGCGUUUUCCGGCGUUCAAUUUGGCACAGAAUGUUACUGCAGUCAUGCAUACCCACCCUUACAUGCAAAAGUGGACGAAGGAGAAUGUAGUACUCCUUGUACUGGUAGCCCAAAUGAUCGUUGUGGAGGUCCCCUUAGGCUGAGCGUAUGGGAUAAUGGUUUGCCUCAUCCCCAAGCUUAUCCUCAUCAAUUCUACAUUGGUUGCGGCAAAGAUGACGUGCCCAGUGACAGAAUGUUGAAAGGAAGUUGGAAUGAAUUGAGUAAUUUAUCUCCCAUCGUUUGUCAUAAACUUUGCGUCAGAACCGGAUACAAAUAUUUCGGAUUAACCUGGAUUAAAGAAUGUUUCUGCGGUGAUGAAGACCCAAACCCAGAUCUCAUUUUGCGUAAUAAUGACGAAUGCUCGAAACAAUGCGGCGGUGAUUCGAAUAUAAUGUGCGGAGGUGGUUGGAGAACUAGUAUUUAUAGGACUGGAUUGGCAGAUGUGGAUACAGAACACAAUUAUAAAGGAUGUUACCUCAACAAUAAUGGCAUCCUGUUGAAUGAUAAGAAAAUUCAAAUGGUUAAAUCGCUUACACCCAAGCACUGCCAAAGCUAUUGUGAUAUGUUAGGAUUUUUGUAUUCCGGUGUACAAGAUGAAAUCGAAUGUCGUUGUGGAAAUUACCUCCCUACCGAUUUAAAACCAGAGGCAGAUGAUAAAUGCAGCAAAAGAUGUCCGGGAGCUCCUACUGAAACUUGUGGACAGAAAAACCACGUGAAAAUCUAUCGCACCACAGUAAUAACCUCAGACAUUGUCACUCCGGAAGAUAAAUCUUCAAACAGCGGCCUGAAUUGCACAGUUUCUCUUACACUCAAAAAUAGACAACAAGUUUGCGUCAACAAGGAAAUAUUUACAGAACCUUUUGAUAAAUUGGAUACUUCCAUAUGGUCUUACACUGUUAAAAUACCUAACGAUCCGGAUUUCGAAUUUGUGACCUAUGAUACAUCUGAUGAAGUAGUCUACGUGAAGCAAGGAAAACUGCUAAUUAAACCCAAAGUACAAGCAGACAGUUACAAUAUCAGAGGUUCGAUCACAUUAAAAGACUGUACAGGUAAAGCAAACACCGCAGAAUGUACUAAAAAAGGACAAAGUUUCAACAUUCUACCUCCAGUUUUAUCUGGACAAAUCACUACGAAGAAAAGUUUCUCAUUUAGAUAUGGAAAAAUCGACGUCAGAGCUAAAUUACCACUUGGUGACUGGAUAGUUCCAGAAAUAUGGCUCACACCAGCCGAAAAUAACUACGGAGAGUAUUAUCAAUCUGGUCAAAUUCGUAUCGCUAUGUCAAGAGGAAAUAAACAAUACGAUUGCACCAAUAAUCACUACGGUCACAGACGUUUAGAAGUUGGAGUCUAUUUGGGUCCUCAAUACGGCGUAAAGCAAAAACUGUUCUAUAAGAUGACUCCAGAUGGUUGGGCAAAUGAUUUCCAUAAUUAUACGGUCACUUGGACACCAGAUAAGAUCUCAUUCCAAGUGGAUGGUGAAGAUUUGGGAGCAAUACAACCUGAAUCUGAUCAGACAGUUCGUCAAAUUGCAGGAUUACCUGAUAACACCGAAUACAUUUACAAAGAAGGAACUAAUAAAUUAGCUCCAUUCGAUAGAGAAUUUUAUAUUACCUUGGGAGUUUCGGUUGGUGGUGUGUCUGAUUUCCCUGAUGUCUGUACAACGACUCCGAAAAAACCAUGGUCCAAUACAGAUCCGAAGGCUAUGCUGAACUUCUGGGAAAAGAGAAAUGAAUGGAAAACUACAUGGGCAGAUGAAAAAUCAGCUCUAUCUGUUGAACAUGUGAAAGUUUGGUCGCUUUGAGCAAACCCACAUACUUGAUAGAUUCCAAUGUCAACGUGAUGAUUUCUUGAUACUCGAUUGGGCAUUUGAUUAUUAAGUAUAAGUGUAGAUAUUUUUUUAAUCACAAUGAAAUUUAUUCAUAAGGUUUUUAUUACCUACCAAUUAUUUCAGUGCUUGAGUACGUCUACCUUAUCUACCCACCACUAAUAUUUUCUAUGUACCUUUGUCUAGGUAUUGUUGUGCCAUUUUAAUAUGCAAUUUUAUGAAAUCCACAUCAUACUCAAGUAUUUUAUAAGUACAAGCUUUCUGUACCUAUAGCUAAUUGUUGUAAUUAUUUUCUUUGUAUGUACCUACUUUUUUUAAUUUUUUUUGAAAUUUAUAUUGGUAUAUUUUAAUACCUUUUUGGUACUGUGAUAAGUAUAUCAUUAGGUAAUUAUUAGAACGCUUUUUCUCUGUGAUCUUAAAUCGAAAUCUAUUUUUACAUUUUACAGUCAACAAAUUUUUAAUAUUUACCACAAUAAACAAAUUUUUACAAAUA